AUGGUGUGGGUGCCUUUAAGAACCACGAGAACUGAUCACCUGGCCCUUUUAUACACCUCUAAGAACAGCUUCACAAAAAUGUCUUUGGAGUGGCUGAUGGACUGGAGCUGGUCACUGGAUGGACUCCGGGACUUUAUAGCUACAGGGAUCCAGUCCUUCCGGGACUGUGACACCACUGCACUGACUGCUGUCGCUUGCCUCUUGGUCCUGUUUGUUUGGUACUGUUACCACGUUGGCAGGGAGCAGCCCCGCACGUAUGUCACUGUGAAUUCCCUCAUGCAGAGCUCCGAUGCCAAUGGCUUACAGAACGGGUACGCUUACUGCCACUCCCCCGAGUGUGUGCGCUGCGCACGUAACGAUGGGCUUAACCAGAAACUCUAUCACAAUCUGCAGGAAUAUGCCAAGCGCUACUCCUGGUCUGGCAUGGGCAGGAUCCACAAGGGCAUCCGAGAGCAAGGGCGUUACCUAAACAGCCGACCAUCCAUCCAGAAGCCAGAAGUCUUCUUCUUACCAGACUUACCAACAAUGCCCUAUUUCUCACGGGACGCUCAAAAACACGACGUGGAGUUACUGGAACGCAACUUCCAGACCAUCCUGUGUGAAUUCGAGACCCUCUACAAAGCUUUCUCAAACUGCAGCCUCCCGCAAGGAUGGAAAAUGAACAGCACGCCCAGCGGGGAGUGGUUCACCUUUUACCUGGUGAACCAGGGCACGUGCGUUCCCAAGAACUGCAGGAAAUGCCCACGGACGUAUCGCUUACUUGGGAGCCUCCGCACCUGCAUUGGCAACAAUGUCUUUGGGAACGCGUGCAUCUCUGUGCUGACCCCUGGCACGGUCAUUGGGGAGCACUAUGGCCCAACCAACAUCCGCAUACGAUGCCAUUUAGGUCUGAAGACUCCCAGCAACUGCGAGUUGGUGGUGGGUGGCGAGCCCCAGUGCUGGGCCGAAGGCCGAUGCCUCCUGUUUGACGAUUCCUUUCUGCACACUGCAUUUCACGAAGGUCCCCCCGAAGAGGGCCCUCGUGUGAUCUUUAUGGUGGAUUUGUGGCACCCGAAUGUUGCAGCUGCCGAGCGCCAAGCCCUUGAUUUUAUCUUUGCUCCAGGACGAUGA